AAUGAAGUGGUCGGUGGAGGGGUUAUCAUGCCAAAAUUGGGGAAUGAGACUGCGAAAGCCGAAUUAGGAAGAGCGGCGUGGCGAGUUUUACAUCUUAUGACUUUACGUUAUCCAGAUAACCCAACACCAGAUGAUAGAUCAGCUUUGAAAUCGUAUUUCCAUCUAUUCUCAAGGUUAUAUCCCUGUGGUGAAUGUGCACAAGAGUUUCAAUUAUUAUUAAAAGAAUAUCCUCCUCAAACGUCAUCCAGAAAAUCAGCUUCAUUAUGGUUAUGUCACAUUCAUAACCUUGUCAAUGCUCGACUUGGAAAACCUGAAUUCGAUUGUUUGACUCUUGAUGCGACUUAUGAUUGUGGUUGUGGGGAUGAAUCG